CAAGAAGCGAAUGAAGUUUCUGUGUGCGUCGUAGUGCAGCGAGGAGAAAAAGCUUAUUGAAAAUAUUUCGUAUCGCAGCAAAACGAAUGAAAAGCGCGUACAUUUGCGGAGUGAUUUCGUGGACUGUUUAUUAGUUGAUAAAAAUUGUUCUAAUUUACUCGGUUUUUAAUCGCAAAAAAAUGUGCAGGAGUUGAGAUUGCUCGUUCUGUGUUACAUAUUUGUUGGAAUAAAACAGUUUCGUGGUGAAACCUCGAUGGAAAAGUGAAAUUUCCGCCGGAACCAUUGCAAGCCACUUUUGGAAAAAACUCGUUUGUCUCAAUUCGCAGGCUUCGCGUUGGCCUCCAGAUUGCCUUGAAAGCAGCUGGUAGACGAGAAUUUUCCUGUUAUUUCCAAGUUUUUAAAAGAAAUUGGGCUAUUUUUCCUUCACGAGAGGUUAGGCGAGAGAAAAGUCAUUCAAGUAACGAAACGGGGCACACAUUUAGUAAAAACGCACCGUCAGCUGGAACUGGAAUAUAAUUGACCAUGGCCCGCUUCGCCAUCUCGCUACAAAGAAUGAUUACUUUCUUGCAAAAGAUGAGAAUUCGAAAAAUAAGUAGGAAUUGAAAGGUUUUGAAAUCCUGCAUAAUACUGCUUGAAAAAGUAUUGAGAUCGUGGAAGAUAUAAUUGCGUGAAAAAAGCAAGCAAGAAUCAUUGAUAAAAAUCCUACAUUGUAUUGGGGGACUCGAGUACAAUGAGUACUUCUGACGGGGACAAAUCAGUUCCCGGAGGUGGACCAAAAAUGCAAGGUGCGGAAACUUUGUCCGUAUCCGGUACUGCGGUUGGCACAGCAGGAGUAGGCGGGUCAGUGACUGGGACCGUUUCAGCAUCGACGGCAACCGCAAAUGCGUAUCCAAUAGACAUGGUAUCGGCUUCGAAGGUUUUGGUCCGUCCGACCGAAAAAACAAAUAUGCCAACAACCUAUAGAAUCAAUAACUCGGCCGGCAAUCAGAUGCGUGUUGUUAUUCCGAGUAGCGCUACCCCUCAGGCUUUCUACCGGCAGGCGAUAAAUUUAAAGCAAGACACUGGUACUAAUCGAUCGCAAAUUACGGCUCUUCCGGCGCGAACAGUUACGCAAACAUCGAUCACAGUGUCGCGAGCUCAAACACCGAGCACUUAUCACGUGCCGGCGCGUGUACCACAAACAGUUGCCAGUAUUCAGGGACCACGGGCAACGAUAACGACGCCGAUCCGUAUUCCAACACCGCCGAUCAGCGCCAACCUACAUACCUACGUGCGUCAGCCCGUUCCUUCGCGGACAUCGUCACCAUCAGCUACUAUAAUAUCGCAAGGUACGACCACUUGGAUGCCAAAUGUGCAGGUGCAAGUCCCGACACAGCUCAUUCGGGCCAACAGCAUAACUCAAGCUCCACGUGCUAGAGUCGUUGCGCAGACCAUUCCUGCAAACCAGUCAUCGGGAGGUAUUAACAAUGCCACUAUUACGGCAAACGUUGUGGCACAUCAGGCAACAACGCAAUCCAACCAGCAAAACGUAUCUAUUAGUAGUGGUGGCGGAAACCAGUCGCAAGCAUUUGUGGCGACUUUGGCAACAGCAGUGCUUCCUCCGCAACGUCAAAUUACUUCAACACUUGUUUAUACAAACAAUAGUGCCCAACAACCGUACGCCAGUGGAACAAAUCCUCAACGCUUAACUUUGGCGACGGCUCUCCCGCAGCAGCGACCGACUGGAGUUCGUCCUAUUCAACGUCUCCCGACAACUAACAUCGGAGUGCGUGUAUCCGCUGGGAGUAUCAGUAUACGUCCGCCUAGCGUAUCGGUGCUCGCUCCAACAACAGUGCUGACUACCAUAGCAUCUGGCGGUACUCAGAAUCGUACUACAACUGUUUCAACGGCAAACAUUUCCAACACUAUACCGGCUCGGAUAAUCCAAGUACAGAAUCCACAAAGCGGACAAGUUAUCAGUGGUGGUCGAUUACCGACUAAUCUUCUGAACAUUCAACCAUUGAUUGUUAAUAAUCGCAUUCCGCAUAGUAGUAUUCAACCUAGUUUGACAAUUGCGCAAGUUGGUAAACUUACUCCUGUGGCGGCAGCUCAACUAUCCGGAAGCUCUGGAACUGGAACCAGUAGUCAAGAAGCAUUGAGCAGUGGUGGUGGAUCCGGUACAACAACGCUCCAGACCGCCUCUGGGCAACAAAUUGUAGUCAGCUCCAGUCAAGUUGGCUCAAACGCUGGCUCGGGAUCAGCAACGAUCAUCACUGGAAAUCUGAUUCAAUCUAAUCAAACAACUGGAGGCGUGGGACAAACGCAAGGUCAGGGACAAAUCACGCAAAUAGUCAACGUUGCUCCUAGUUCGAUCGGCGGGUCAGGUCAAGGUCCACAGAUAGUCACUGUCAGUCAAGGCCAAGUUAUCGGCACACCGCAAACUAUAUCUGUUGCGAACUCGGCAGCUGGGGGAGGCUCUACGACUGUUAUUCCAAUUCCAUCGGGAAUAACUGGAGGAAGAACUGCUAGCAUUCCAGUUUCUGUUGCCACUCUCUCAACUGGAGGUGGACAGAAUCUCAUUAGUAUUGGGUCGGGUGGAAGUACUAUCACCGGAAUUGUUCGGACAACAACUAUUGGAGCUGGCAGUGUUUCUGGGACAUCGACAUCUACUAUGCCAUCAAUUCUGCCAAUUGCAAAGGUGACACCGCAACUCAGCAGUUUAAGCACUAUUGAAGCUGUCAAUAGUUCUGCACCAUAUUCAGUUUCCGGAACAGGUACAUCGUUAUACAUUCAAACGAGACCGCAGUUGCCCAGCGCAGUCGUAUCAACCGUUUCGAACACUGGCAAGUCUGGUGCAUUAAAUGUUGUUUCCGGAAGUUCGUCGGGAUCAAUCGGCAACUCAGCGACAACGUUUUUGCCAACAUCUACAUUUUAUUACGAGCGUGUGACUGCCUCGCCCGCUUCUUCCUCACAGCAAACCGUAUCGUCAGCCCCUGGAUUGUCGCAAAGCAUUUCGGCAUUGACUUCCGCUACUAUUACUACUACAAGCGCCAUUAGUGGACCUGUUUUCUCGAUCUCAUCCAGCUCACUGAGCAGUAACAGUAGUUCAGUUGGAGCUAACAGCAUAUCGGGAGCGAUUGUAACCGGUGGUCAGAUCAACUCAUCAAGUGUUAUCACGACUACUGUUUCAUCGUUACCGCCAUAUGCAUCCACUACCGGCUCAUUUGCAAUUGUGCAAACCGGUAGUGGCCGUAGUGGUACUAGUGGGCCCAUCCAUGGAUUGGUAUCCUCGGCAACCGGUGCGGUGUCCAGUCAAUCGAUACCGCAGCAAUCUUCGCAAUCACAACAGUCCACUAAUUCAUCAAUUCAAGCAGUUCCGGUUCGCUUCCAUCCACAACUAUUGGUCGAUGGUGGUCAAACACAGCAAAUUAUCGUGACAGGUACAUCCUCUAACACCGGCACGAGUGGACAAACCCAACAGCACAUGCUGAUUCCGGUAAAUGCAGCUGGCAAACUAGAAUCACCCCAGUCGAGUAUUCUGCGUAAGCGCGGAUUGGAGAGUACUCCUAUUAAAACAGGCAAAGAUUUGACUCAAACUUUGAUCGCAAUGGGAAAGGAACGUGCCAGGGAAAUUGAACAACAGCGGGAAAGGGAACGUGAACGUGAGCUGUCACCACCCUCCCGACCAGCGUCAACAGAUGGAUCGACAACGGUCAGUGCAACUUCCAGUCCUGGCGCAGAUCAACAGGAGCAAGAGGAAAUCAAGGCGAUGGCAUUUGUAAACCGAAAUGCUAAUAGUGAUUUGAAUUUCAAAUCUGUUCACGAGGAAAUUUUUUCUCACACUGGCCAACAACAGUCUGGUCAAACUCAUUUAUCCGUCCUGGAUUCUUCUAAGCAACAAGGAGUAGCAAGCGCUUUUUCACUGCAUUCUUCAGUUCAUAAUCAAAACGCAGCAACUUCUGUUAGUGCUAGUGGUAGUAAUGGAAACUAUGAGCAAUCUCCUCGCAAAAAACCGCGCAAGCAGAAUGUGGCCGAAGGCUUGAAAUCAGUUGCAAACAGUUUACAGUUUUUUGCAAACAGUGAUAUAGAAGGAAGCUAUCGUAUGGACACCUCGGGACCACCAAAUACCGUAUUUAACGAGGGUAGCAUGACUCAUCAAACCGCAGUGCAACAAACACUUGCAUUAUUGAAGAACAAAGUCAGCGGUACAGGGAAACACGCUACUGUUGUUGUAAACAACGUGAUUUCCGGAAACAGUACUAAACUUGAUGUAGCCCAGGAGUCUGCUGUGAGUGGUAAAGAAAGUACCUCUACUGGGAAAGAUGCUUCCUCUAAUCGAAAAGUUCGUAACGUUAGUCUCCUCGAGUCAUACAAGCAAAGUUGGAAGGCAGCAAACAAUCAUUUUCAGCGUUACACCGAUGUUAAACAGCGGGAGGAACGAAGACCUACUAUAGUCGAUAUCUCCAAUCAAUCGCAUGUUUUACAAAAGGUUAAUGGUUGGAAAAUUUACCAUCUUAGCGCACAAAUCGAGGAUUUGUGCGAACUAGAAUCUCAAGCUUACGACAAAUUAGAUCAGAUGCUGAAAUGUAUGGAAGCCACACCAAAACCAUCGCCCGAAAUCGAGCGCAUAAAUGAGUUGUUGAAGGGCAACAUGCAACGCAGUAAAAUCAUAAUCGACGGCAUCAACGAAGCUCGGACACAAAUUAUGAAGAUUUUUGACCACAAAACACAUGUUUCUGACAUUAUCCAGCGGUGUGCGUCGAAACGUAAUUUCAAAAAGCGAGAAAAAACCUAAGUGUCGCUUCUGAUAUAAGGUAAAUUGUAAGUUCACUUUUAACCUAAUAAGAGUCGGUAUGUAGGAUUGUAGAUUUAGGAUAAUGUGUUAUCAUAGCAGCUGCAUCAGAUGUAGCAAAACUACUUCAAGAACAUUUGUAUAAAACUACAUAGCGAAGCGUACUAAUUCUUCCGAUUGUGUUUUGUCUAGAUGAAAGCGCUCUUGUACAGAUAGUUGUAGAGAUUUAGGAUCAGUGCAUCAAUUGUAAAACUUUAGACGAACAUGUAAUUUUGAUGUUUUACGAUUAAAUGUUCAACACAAUUGUAAGCAAUACAUAAUAAUUCGAAUUGGGAUAUACAAAAAAAUGUACACACGUCAUAGCGUGAGAGAAGCAGCCAAGCUGCGUUGAUUUUCGAUUCUCAGCGUAGGCCUUAAAAUCUUUGUACUAGAUUGUAAGUGCAAUAAUGAACUUAAAAUGGUGGAAAACGAAGAAAAUUGAAAAACUCAACCCUGGUAUUACAAACAGAGUCGAAAAUUCAUCCAGUUGGUUAAGCUCAACUCAGUACUUUUAUGCUGCAUAAACAUUUCGUGCUUGAGCUAGAAGAAAGCGCUUCUAGUUAUACUUCGAUAUACAUAUUUUCUCGCUGUGUAAGUUUAGUCUAUAAAGUUAAUAUGUAGGAUAAUGGUGUCAUAAAAAAUGAUUUUUAUUAGAUUUAAGGAAAGGUGUGUAAGGAUUUGUUUCGAUAUAGGCGUUUUUUUUUUCAUUUAUUUGCUUAGAAUUUUAGACAGAGAUUUAUUUUCUUCGCUAAUUUAAAAGCUUAAAUUGUGAGUGAAUGAUAGUUAUAUUUCGCAAUAGAAUGGUCAAAUGUAAGAAAAAGGAUAUAUUAAAACAGAUUACCUUGUAGAUACAACAUCGUGAAACUGUUUCUCUUCAUUAUAUUGGCAUAACGAAUGUGUGUUAUGUAGAGUUUAAUAUUUCAGUAAAAUUCAUAAUAAUAAA